AUGGCAUCCAAAGUCAUCGGCGCUCUGUCGAAGAAGGUUUUGAAAGAGUCUGCUGAAAAUCGGUUUGGGCAAGAGGAUCCCUACUUUGAACAGGUCCCAGCAACCAACCUCCUCGGGCGGCCAACGACCAAAAAGCGGCGCAAGGCGGCCCCGGAGGGUAUUUCGGAUUACGAUGCAAAGAUUCUCACCAAGGUCAAGCGCCGAGCAUAUCGCCUCGACCUGUGUCUUUGCAAUUGCUGUGGGAUAAAAUUCGGUUGGAGCAGUGUUAUUGGCUUGGUCCCAGCUUUUGGCGAUGUCCUGGACAUGGUGCUCGCCCUGAUGGUCGUCAAGACUUGCAGCAAUAUCGAGGGCGGCCUUCCCGGCAGCUUAUACUUGCACAUGCUCGCCAACGUUAUUUUCGAUUUUGUGAUUGGGCUCGUGCCUUUUAUUGGUGAUCUCGCUGAUGCUCUGUACAAAUGCAACACAAGAAAUGCAGUGUUGCUUGAACGGUUCCUCAAGGAGAAAGGCAAGCGGAAUCUUAAACAUCAAAAUCAGGCAGUUAUCGAAUCGGGCGACACCACGCCUCGAAACGACAGUCCCAGGCGACCCGAACGUGCUCAAUUACCACGGGAAAAUAGUCGACCCGGCAAUAACGGAAGGUCAGACAGGAGGAGAGAGCCGGAUCUUGAAAUGGGCAUGCGAUGA